UCAGAUGAGGCAGAUCCUGAAUGAGGUGAUAGACACCCUGGAGUCACCCGACUAUGCGGCCAAACUGGAUGAAGCCAAGGAGGCUGCUGGCAACGAGAUGCUGAAGAUGAUGCAGAUAGUGUUUCCCAUGGUCGUGCAGAUUGAAAUGGAGACUAUCAAACACCAUGGCUUCAGUAACUCCCGAGAAGGUAUAGUACAGUUCACCCAAUUAAUCCGCGAUAUGGAAAGCAUGGACGGUGAGGUGGCCCGUCUACAUGCGCAGAUCCGCAGCCACUAUCUACCCCCUGUAUCAAUCAGUUCUACUGUCGACACUUCUUUGUAGUCUUUUGUAUGAUUUAUUGAAGACUUCGCAAAUCGUUUCACCAUGAGGCAUAGGAAAUAUAAAUACUUCGCUUGUGUUAGCAUUCUUAUAUACUGUUACUAUUAUCUCGGUGUCAGUGAUUAUUUGUAUUCGAAGAGUUUUAAAGACAACUUCGACUAUCCGCUAAACGUUGACAUAAAGCCGUUGGUAGCGGACGUACUGUCUGGGAGGACGCCCAGCGUGGCCCCCAUCAACUACUACCCCUACAGGUUCCUUAGUAACUCGGGCAAGUGCGCCACAUUGCACAAAAUAGAUCUGUUUAUCGCGGUCAAGUCCGCCAUGAACCAUUUCGGCCAUAGGAACGCCAUUCGCCGCACAUACGCACAGAACAAAGUUCGCGGCAGAAACGUUCAGACUCUGUUCUUCCUCGGUAUCGACCGUCGCGGCAAAUCUGACACGCAGAGAGCCAUAGAGAAAGAAAUGGCGGAGUUCAAAGACAUCAUUCAAAUGGAUUUCCACGACGAUUAUUUCAACAACACGAUUAAAACUGUGAUGACGUUCCGCUGGUUGUACGAGCAUUGUUCAAAGGCGGAUUUCUAUUUGUUCACCGAUGACGAUAUGUACAUAUCUGUUAAGAAUCUUUUGAAUUACGUCGAUGAGCUCAAAUAUUCUGUUAAAGACAGGAAUGAUACGGAUUUCGAAAUGACAUAUACAGACAAUGACGUCACCGUGGCGACGGAGGAUAGUAAUCUCAUAUUCGCGGGCUACGUGUUCAAAUCGGCGCCACAAAGAUUUCGUUCGAGCAAAUGGCGCGUGUCCUUGGAAGAGUAUCCGUGGAAUAGAUGGCCUCCUUACGUGACUGCGGGCGCUUACGUGGUCUCCAAUUCGGCCAUGAAGACUAUGUAUGUGGCCAGUUUGUUUGUCAAACAUUUCAGGUUUGACGACAUUUAUUUAGGCAUAGUGGCGAAAAAGGUCGGCAUCAAACCGACGCACUGUCCUAUGUUCCAUUUUUAUAAAAAGAAGUACAGUAAGGAUGCAUACAGUGAUGUUAUAGCGUCACACGGUUACAGCGACCACGAAGAGUUGAUUACGGUGUGGAACGAACAGAAUAACAGCUAAAAUCCAAACAUGUUUGCAAUUGAGUAUAAAAGUUAUGUUCCAGUAUAAUAAUAUUGUUGAAACCAGAGUGGCUCACAGUACAAAAUUAGCAUUACUUAUAAAAAAUAUUUAUUUAUGCUAGUAAUUCUCAAACGUGGUUAAAAUAUAAUACUCUUAACAUGAAUUGUCCUCAAAAGUAUUAUGAAAAAUUACUCUUAGGCCACUCUGGUUCUUGCGGCUUGAUUAUUAACAAUUGUAACAGCAAAUUAUUAUCAGUGGCGGAGCCAUAAAAGCCGAGAAAUAUGACUACCUUUUGAUACAAAAGUUUUUUUUUUCGAUAUGCAGUUAACACUAUGGUAACUAGGAAGUCGAUUAUGUCAUGUUUACAGUAGAGACGCUUAUAGAGAAAAAAAAAUAUAAUCUUUAUAAUACUAGAAUCCUUAAUGAGCGUUUUGUGUAAUUCAAUAUUUAAACAAAAGAAGUUUAACUUAUAAAAGACCAAAAUAAAAACAUUAAAACGGAAAUGACCAGAAUUUGACAUGCGUAGUUUUAUCUCCGAGAGCCGGCACUGAUUAUACUGAUGCACAUCGGGUGCUUAUCAAAAAACGAAGUGUAGUUUUUAAUUAUUUUGUACUUUGUGUUUAUUUUUAUAGCGCUCAAAUUAGUAGGAGUAGAUUAUGGUGGCAAGGCCUUAGUUCUGUAUGAAAAAUGAGAUACUACAAGGCUUGUAAUGCAGUGAAAUGCAAUAAGUGAUUUUGGAGAAUUAAUACCCAGGAUAAUAUUUAAUCGGAGAUUACUUGCAUUAAAACCACACGAAUUUAGAUGCAGAAUUAAGGCCGUUAACGUACAAAAUCAUGUACUUACUAAGUAAAAUGCUACAAAAGAAGUAAAAGUAGUAGAACUAGUUUGAUAUAUUUUUGAAUUUCAGUAUUUUUUUUUUUAAAUGUAUGUGGUAUGGGUGCCCCGAGACGGAGGGUGCCAGCACCAUCCACAAGUUAGUGGGCCCACGAACAAAUGGUAUCUUAUAAUGGGAGCUAGCCAUCCCUAUACAUCUAGUAAAACAAAAUACACGAGCCCCGAAUAAAUGUAUAAAUGGACAGGAAGAUAUUCCUUAUAAAUUUAAGAAAUAAGUAAUACAUACAGUUCGUUUGUCAACGUAGACAUUCAUUUGGGGCUAAUUUCUCAGAUUUUGGCUAUUGGGUGGAAUUGUAAUAUUGUAAAAUGGAUGAAAGAUUCAGCAUACAAAGCCCCAAUUCUUGAAUUUUUUCGAGACGGGGCAAAAUGUGGAAUAUGCUGUAACCGCUCACCUAUAAUGCCGUGUUAAGCUCAAUGGCGGUAUCUUAAAAAAAAAUCAAAAUCUUGAUUUUUGUCGUCAGAUAGCUUAGAAAUACCAAUGAACUUACCUAAGUAACGGUAUCUUGUUUAGAUCUUGUUCAAAAAACCUUUAAAGACUUUCUCAAUGUCAGUUGUACAUACAAAACUAUAAAACUAUAUUUAGAAAACUUCGAUUCGAAGGUUUUCCUGACAAACCGCUUUUAGGCUUAGCACGGCAGUAUAUUUUUACCUUUGUCAUCAUCAUCAUCAUUUCGCUCCCCGGAAAAUAAUUUAUGAAUGUAGUAGACGUCCUAGAUCAGGGACUGAGCAUGCAAAAAGAUCUGAGAAUAGUACAUUUAUUUUAAUAAUCUUUAAGUUGAGGGUACUUUCGCGCCCUUACCAGUUUGUGAACGUGUAAUAAUGUGUGUUAAGAUAUAUGUGUUGCCAAUUAAAAACAAUGGCUCAAUAUUCCUUUAAAAUAUGAUUCCUGUAGUGUGCUAUGUUUAAACUUUUAGUAAGUAGUUUUUGGUAAUGUAGGCUAUGUGUUUUCAAAGAAUCUUUUUAGUUUUAAGUAUUAUUAGAUAUCUUAAGCUUUUGUGGUUUUCAGCCGUUUUGAAUAAACGAUCUCGAUAUCAAUCCUCAAUCCGAUUCUAAAAAUGAACCAAUGAAAAUGUCAGUUGUAAGCAUGUCAAAAAUCUGCUCUGAUUGGUAAAUUUUUAGAUAGAAAAAAUCGAUUGCUAUUGUUUAUUGAAAAAGGUGGUAUAUAUAGUUAAGAAUGCGAUAUUAUCGAUAUUUAUUUCGGAUAUUAUGCAAACAAUUAUUUUAUUUUUUAAACUUACGGCUUUAUAGUGUCCCCGUAUACAUUAGAAUGAUCAGGAAUAUAUAUUUUUUUUAAAUAGCCGCGAAAGUGUUCCCAUGUCCUUUGUGACGUCAUGUGAAACAUCCUUGCGUUAAGUUUUGGUCCUCAUAAUGCAUGCUAUAAAAUACUCGGGUUUAUUAUAUUUUAUAUGCUCAUUUGGAUAAUAAGCAAAACAAGUAGGAAGAGAAUGUACAUUACGUAUUUUAUUACAUUUUAGUUAUUACAUCGUUUAAAGAAAUGGCAUUGUGUAUGUAUAUUUAUUGUCAAUGCGUGUGUAAAACAUCGUUGUAAGGACAAAAUAUGUGACCCAGGAAUGCGUAAUAAAGAUAAUGGUGAAAAACA